GCGGACAUAAUGUUGCCAAAUAUUUUUUCUCGUCGCCUUCGUCGUAUCACUCAUGCAUGGAUUUGUUAGCUUCUUCUUCCUUUCAAGACUUCAAGACGCAGCUCGCCUCAAGAUGCAAUAUGCCGAUCCUCGUCGGGCAGGACGGUGGCGCCUGCAAUUUCAUAACGACCUUUACUGGUCUCCGCUCGAGGGAGACCGCUCCGUCCCAUUGAAACUAGUUAUCGUCCGCGAGAAUUGCGCGCUACAAGACUGCCCUAAAGCAGCCUAUACGAGCACCUGAAGCAGCUCUGGACAGUUUGAGAGACUAGCUAUCUGCCCCCACGAAUCAU